AUGGUGUUUUUCACGUUAAUAAGCAAAGCCAGGAAAUUUAAUUAUUACUCCUUUGUGACACCCGUCACGUCACUGGUGGUGGUGAAACCUAACGACACUUCUGCUGUGGACCUGCAACGCGCUGGUGGAAGCCAGAGAGACUACUUCCCCAGCGGGACGCUGUCCACACUGUCGGCAGGCCAGAUCCAAGCCGGGGUGGUGUCCUUACCAUUGACAGGAUACCUUCAAAGCUUACCGCUGUUCUUAGCGUCAUCAGCGUUUCCCAUGCCUUUGGAUCCAUCCCAAUCUGCGUGCUGCCCCACUGCUGUGGGACAAGCGCAGACGCUGCGCAUAUCGGAGAUCACGUGGCUAGGCAGUGUCUCGAAUGCCUCACACAUCACACUCGAAGUAAACGGCACUGCACUGACCUACGAACUGGCCUUCAACAAGACAGAGUCGCAGCUGGAGGAGUGCGCGACCCCUGACGGAGGUCCGGGGCAGUGCCGCCACCUGGCCAACUGCGUGCUGCCCAGCUUCGCCCACAGCCUCGAUGACUUCUUGCCCUACCUCUGUGUGGUCGACAGCAGUUACGUUGGAGCUUGCUGUCCGAACACUACAUUUCCCCCCAUGCUUGUUGGAUGACACGCAUGCUGAGUGCCAAGGUCGCUGCUCUAAGCAGGGUUCUGUGUCAUUAAAAUACCUUCCAGAGCUGUGGAGAGCUAAACAGGAAUUUUUGUCGACCAUACAAAGCCCAAACCUUGUUGAAUAAAUUCCAAAAUUUUGUUA